UCCUAGAUUUUUUUAAAUCACGUGAUCGCAAGUUGCGAAAGUCAAAAUGGCGGACGUCUCAUGAGAGUGACCGUUCUGUUUUAGUAUUUCUCAACUUUGGAAUGUUAUUAACAAGUUUCACUGAAUAAUAUCGCAAGAGAGAAGAACAUUUCAAAAUGGACUCGUUCCAACGAGAAUGGAUAACAAACUUUUUACACUCGUUUCCUCAUGUUACUUUCUCUUUUAAACUUAAUAAUUCGACAUUUAACCCAGAUGAUGUUGAAUACAGAGAGUCAAUCAUAUUCCUAGCCAUAUUACCAGUAGUGCUGUUUGUGCUGUUCUUGAUAAUCAGUUUAUGUUGUACAUGUUACCAAUGCAAAAAAGAGAGACCACAGAAAAGAGUGAAGUCAUGUUGUCCAGCUGGUAUCAUUGGAAUCAUUAUAUUUGUGGCCAUAGCUGCAGCUGCUAUUGGUUUGUAUGGAAAUGAAAAGACUGAUGAUGGAGUCAACGACUUUAAUGAUGCAGUUAAAGAUGUAAAUAAAACAUUGACAGAAGCUCUCAAAACUAUUAAUAGAAUGCAUGGUAUUGCUACAAAUCUAGCAGACAGAACUAUUCCAGAAUUGGAAAGGGUUCUACUGGACAUAAUAUUGAACCAAACAGUAAAGACACAGAUAGGCGCCUUUACCAAAGACAUGUUAGACCAGUCUACAAAAGCCAAGACAGAUAUAAAAAAUUUAUUAGAUAGAACACCUGAUGUCAACCUGGAUUUUAUAUCUGACAAUACAACCACUGGGGAAUUUAUUAGAUGGACAACAACAGUAGUUGUAUUGUCUGUGAUACUGUUUGUAUUAGUGGUAUCAUUGUGUGGUUGUUGUAAAAGAUCAAGAUGUCUCCUGGCUACCUCCAUUUCCUUUGGUUUCCUUAUCCUGUUCCUCUCCUGGAUAAUGAAUGGAGUAUACUUAGGUGGUAGUGUGACAAAUGCAGAUUUAUGUGUGGAUCCAGAAAGUUUUAUAGAAAAUGUUGUCAAUGAGAGAAUAGAGAAAGAAAUAAUCAAAACAUACAUAAAAUGUAAGGACGAUGGAGCAGCUGGCAAAUACUCUCAGGACAUUUCUGAAGCUUUAAGUGCUGUGACUUUAGCGAAUGAAACAUUAUCAAAGAUUUAUAAUGUCAGCAUUAGUUUAAGUAUACUUCAUAAAGUAGAACGGCCAAUAACAGCUGUAAGAACACAAUUGAACUAUGGUUUUGGAAAUCUAACAGCUCUCAGUAAUGUGUUCCAGUGUCAGAGAACACAUGAUAAUUACUUAACCAUCAAGGAAGCAGUAUGCAAUACAGUAAUAUUCAACAUGUCCCUGAUAUUGGCAGCAUUCCUUUUGUUAUCUUUCCUAUUAUCAUUAACUCAGUGUAUUCUUCCUAAAAUGUGGCAUCUCAGUGGCAAAAGAAGAGGAACUGGAUACAGACCAGUGGAUGAUACAGACCCAUUUGUACCAAGGCCACCUCCAUAUCAGGACUACGGAUCAUUGUAUGGUAUAGGCUCUCCACUUGGACCUUCAAACAGUGAUGCAAUCAAUAUGACAGGAGGACCACCUCUAGACUCACCACCACCUGCUUACUCUGUACGUGGUUUUGGUGAGAGCAGACAUACCAGAAGUCACAGUACAACUUCAAGCGAAACAUGAUGUACAGAGUUGAAAACUGAGAAACUUGAGAUUAUAAAGACUAAUUUUUACUGAUCCCUCCACCUAAGUGGUCUUGUAUAAACAUUUAGUAUUCAGUAAUGAAUGUGUUCUAUAAGAAAGAAGUUUUUUAAUGAUCUCAUAAUGAGGGACAUAUAUGAAGGGCUUUCAUUAUGACUUGUUAUGCAUUUGUAUAUUUAAUUUUUUGCACUUUUUACAUCCUGCAUCUUAUAAUCAAUUUUUCAUUUAUUUAGCAUGAUGUUUUUUCAUAAAACAAGAUUGUUUUUUUUAAAGUAUUUGCUCAUUUAUCUCCAUAUUUUUUUUUUUUUUUUAUUAAUUUUCCCCAUUUGAUAUGUAUCCAUAAUUUAAUUAAUUAUUCAGGGUAUUAAAUACACUCAAUGAAAUAUAUAAUUUGAAUUUUUAUUUAACAUAUUUUAUGAGUUUUAUUAACUGUAUGAUAUAUUACUGAUGAUGACUAGACAUCAAUAAAAAUUAAUUUAUAAAGAUUUACCAGUUUUAUAUCAUCUUAAACAAUAAUUAAAGCAAUACUCCAGUUAUUUAUAAAUUUACAAAUAAAUAUGUGCUUUGAAAGUAAUAGUUUUUUUUCUUUAAUUUGAUAGUUACUUUUGUUAAUUAUAUGCCAUUUUGUUUAUCUUUUACAUGUAAUUCAAGUUAUUUUCAUUUUUGCAAGUUUUUAGCUCACCUGGGCCAUUGGCCAAAGGGCCAAGUGAGCUUUUCUCAUCACUUGGCGUCGUUUACUUUUACAAAAAUCUUCUCCACUGAAACUUCUGAGCCAAAUUUAACCAAACUUGGCCACAAUCAUCAUUUGGGGAACUAGUUUAAAAAAUGUGUCAGAUGACCCCGCCUACCAACCAAGAUGGCUGACAUAGCUAAGAAUAGAACAUAGGGGUAAAAUGCAAGUUUUGUCUAUUAUUUUGAAAACUGAUAUAAAUAGAGAAAAUCUGAUAGAGCAAUAAUGUUCAGAAUGUUGAGCUCUACCAAUAGUCCAUAUACGUCAAAACUGUCUGACAACUUCUUAUAGGAGUUAUUGCCCUAAAAUGACAAAUUUUAUCUUUUUUUUCA